AUGGCUAAGAAGAACUUCAUAUCACAAUCUCAACCCGAAGGUGGGCAGUCAAGACCUCGUGCCAGGAACUGGACUAUAGAGGAAGAUAAUUGUUUGAUGGGAAUAUUAAAGGAAAUGGUCCUUAAAGGAAAGAACAAUGGAGGUUGGGGUUGGGAUGAAGGUAAAAAUAUGGUGAUUGCACCUACCGCAAAAGAUUGGGAGGCACUGAUAAAGGAGAAUGAUGAGUAUUUAAGAAUUAAGAACAAACCUUUUCCUCAGUUUGAUGAUAUGGAUUUUCUAUGUGGAGGUAACACAUCUAAGGGGCGCUGGUGGUUUGGGACUACCGAUGACUUCAAUGAGCGUGAAGGAAGCACUAGUUCAGAUAAUGAAUUAGAUGAUAUUGAGGGGCCACACAGUAACGAGAUAGAUUUGAGUGAAUCAGAGGAGGUACAAGUAGUGGAAGAGACACAAGUUCCUUUUAAUGGUACACAACUACCAUCACAACCAAUACCUAUUUCUACUCCAAGCAGAAAGUAG